AUGGCCGCCGCUGCCUUCCAAAACCUCGACGAGCUCCGCUCCCAAAUGGACCCCUACGCACACAUCGAUCGUUGGGCCGAGACGCUCAACAAGAAUGCUCAAAAGCCCCAGCAGCCUACCUCCGAGCCGACCAAUACGACCUUGUGGCCGCUGAUCGACCUCAGUGAAGAAAUCACGGUCCAAUCCUCCUACUUCCCAGUCUUCAGGAAGAAUAACAAGAUGAUAAAGACCACCAUCACCAGGGACGACGGCCACAUCAUCAAAGAGGAGCGGGUCCAACUUCACGGGCGCGGUAUCGUCGAAGCCAACCGUCGCCGGGGAAACAAGAACAACAGCAAGUACCCCAAGCCCACAGCCAAGACCAUCCACGACCAAGAAGGCCGCUAUUACGACGCCGACGGCAAUUUCCGUCUGCCAAAGCCCGUGUACCUUGACAGCCGCCCGCCGGUGCGGUAUCCCGCCCCGCAAUGCACGGCCACUGCCUGGCUGAACAGGCGGCCAGAUCUAAUGGAAUUGGAGUGGGAAAGAGAGAGAGAGAGAUGA